AUGGCUGGCCGUUACGAUCCCAAUCCUUUCGACGAAAAAGUGAACCCAUUUGCGGGGAAAUUAAUGAUGCAGACUCUUAACGUUCAUUCUUCAAUUACAGCAGUUAUUCGAAUUAAGUGGGUCAGCUGGUUAUGUCCUCCCACUAGCAAACUCAAAUUGAUUGCUGCUGUUUGCGCUUCAUCUGGACUGCUAUUCAGCUGCUGUCUGCUGUUUCAGUUGGACUCUCGGCUGUCUGCCUUCAACUGCUUCAGAUGGGCUCCUUUUUGCUUCAGCUGGAACCGCUUUUCUGUUUCAGUUGGAUUCACAUAG